AUGACGUUGCCUCGAUACAGACACCGCUCCGCCUCUGGCAAAAUGUCGUUAGGAGAUUCGGGCCGGAGCUGCUUGGAGCCGAGGCUGUAUUUGACGCUGUUUGGACGCAGCUCGCUGCAGCAGGGCUCCAGCACCAUCGGCUGCUGGGCAUUGCCGCGGUGUUGCGCCGCCUUCAUGCCUCUACUUAACUCUCCUUCCCCCUUCCUUAAAAGCUGUGCCGUGACAAAACGAACCCAGCAGAUACUGCCCGAUCAGCGGGUGUGCUGCGAUUGCAUCAUCCUUGCCAUUAACUUUGUCGCUGACGGUAUCUUCAAAGCUGAGCUGAAUGAGUUUCUGACUCGUGAACUGGCUGAAGAUGGGUACUCCGGAGUAGAAGUCCGGGUCACUCCAACCAGGACUGAGAUUAUCAUACUUGCCACCAGAACUCAGAAUGUCCUGGGUGAGAAGGGACGCCGCAUCCGGGAGCUGACGGCCGUCGUGCAGAAGAGGUUUGGAUUCCCUGAGGGAAGCGUUGAGCUCUAUGCUGAGAAGGUGGCCACAAGAGGUCUGUGUGCAAUCGCUCAGGCAGAGUCCCUGCGGUACAAGCUUCUGGGAGGUUUAGCAGUGCGUCGAGCCUGCUAUGGUGUCCUCCGCUUCAUCAUGGAGAGCGGUGCCAAGGGUUGUGAGGUGGUCGUGUCCGGCAAACUCAGAGGUCAGCGUGCCAAGUCCAUGAAGUUUGUGGAUGGCUUGAUGAUCCACAGUGGAGACCCGGUGAAUUACUACGUCGACACAGCCGUGCGUCACGUCCUUCUCCGGCAGGGAGUACUGGGGAUCAAAGUAAAGAUUAUGUUGCCCUGGGACCCAAGUGGAAAGAUUGGCCCCAAAAAGCCUCUGCCAGACCACGUCAGCAUUGUGGAACCCAAAGAAGAGAUCUUGCCCACCACCCCCAUUUCAGAGCAGAAAGGUGGCAAACCAGAACAGCCAGCCAUGCCUCAGCCGGUUCCCACUGCCUGAGGGGGUUUGUAACAUCGGCAACCAGAAGCUUGACUGUCCUGAAAAACAUCUCUUAAUAAAAUCACAAAAGACAGUG